AUGGUACAAAGAGCUACCACCGCAAUUGUUAUCCUUUCGUCACUGAUCGCAUACAUUUCAAUCAAUAGCCUGGUCCGGAUUGUAAACCCCUCGGCUUUUAUCUGGUCUGCCGAAGAUAAAGACGAGGCCCGCUGGAUUGCUUCCUCGCAUUCGUGGUUUGAUCGGAAAGCCUGUCGGUGGCUAGGUCUCUGUGGUACGGCGCAUUACCGCGCGGCCCGCCCCCGUUUCGGCCAGCAUAAGCUUGUCUCGGAGACACUUUCACCAGGGGAGUCUAAUUCUACUUCCUGGAGGGCGUUUUGGUCGAACGGGGGCAACCUUUCGGACACCACGUGGGACGAAUCCGAAAGGUCUCGUCGAGAAAUUCCAGACUACAUUUUCCGGUAUGCGCCUCUCGUCCACUUGUUUUCAGGCGAACAGUUCUGGCCUGGUGAUAUCGCUGAGCACCUCUAUCACACAACCCCAACGCUGAAUUAUACACCCAUCCGGUCACAACAAGACCAUCCAACCCUGCAGGAUCUUAACCAACUGAAUCAAUUUCAAGGAGGGCGCUACAUAUUUCUAACGAGUAAUGACGACGUUGAAGAUCGCCCGUCCUGGAUGGAGGGAGAGAAAAACAUACCCGAGCCUCCUGAGGAUGGAGAGGUGGCACAGUCCUGGGCCGAUUGGGAUGGUCGAAUUGAUGGGAAUAUCCCGGGCGACACCCCGGAAGAGAGAGCUAAGUGGUACGAUGCAAGCCAACCUGUGCAAGACAGAGAAGGCAAUAUGACUCCGGAUGAGCUCGGCUAUCCAAAUCUAGAAGACGAGCGGAUUCGGGACGAACUUCGGAAACGGUAUGGUGGGGAGCCCAUCCGUACGGAAGGUACUAGGGGCCAUAGCAAUGCGCCAGCUGUACUGAUCGUAAUGGACAAGGGCAACGGCGUUGUUGACGCUUUUUGGUUCUAUUUCUACAGCUUCAACCUGGGGAACGUAGUUCUGAAUGUGCGAUUUGGGAACCAUGUCGGCGAUUGGGAACACUGUCUCGUGCGAUUCCACCAUGGUAAGCCCAAAGCACUCUUCUUUAGUGCCCAUAGCGCGGGCGAAGCAUAUAGUUACGAAGCCGUCGAAAAGAAUGGGGAACGACCGGUCAUCUACUCAGCGCUGGGAACCCAUGCCAUGUACGCGACUCCCGGCAUCCACGACUAUAUUCUGCCAUGGGGCCUCCUUCAUGAUCAGACGGACCGCGGCCCGCUGUGGGAUCCUCUCUUAAACUCCCAUUCAUAUACCUACGAUUAUGACAACGAUACUUUGCUUGCAUCUACUUUCAGCCCGGAUUCACCCACAGAAUGGUUCUACUACAAUGGCCAUUGGGGUGACAAGUUCUAUCCUUUGGGAGAUCAUCGACAAUACCGAUUCGCAGGCCAAUAUCAUUAUGUGAACGGUCCCCUUGGUCCUCGAUUCAAACAUCUAGAUCGCCGCAAAGUGUGUCAAGGGCCUGAUGAGGGAACUUGUGUGAUCAAAAACUAUAUUGGGGAACAAACAAGGGCCAAGCGAUGGCUUAGUACCGAUCCAGGGAGCCACCGGUGA